CAAUGAGACGAAUCGUCGAAUGGACUAAUUUGUCUGUUGAUUCACUGAUUAUACUAAUUAGUUAACAAUAGCUUAGUUAAUUCAGCGCCAACAUCAGUACAGUACAUCUUUCCUUAAUUAUUUUUAAUUUGAUUUGGAGCUCACCCAAACAUGAUAUAGAGACCAAUUCUGCACCAACCUUAUUCUGUCCAAUUCAUGAAACCAAAUGCAUGUUCACCUUAAUGCAUUAUUGGCAAUGGUACACAGUUUCGAACAUGUAGAAUUGUUGGAUUACAACUUUACAACUGUCUUUCAUUGUUCAAUAGUGAAACCAUAUCCUUAAAGGCCAUAAUUAUUCUUAUUUGGUCGAAUUAAAUAAUUUUUUAAAAAAUGGACAGUAGUGGUGAAAUAGACAAGGACACACUAGUUGAAUCUACAGAUUUGUCACCCACCAUUGAGAACAAACUGCCUGCUGCAAUUGUCAGCAGAAUCUUGAAUGAUGUCCACCAAAAACAUGUUCCAAUAAUCCAGCAAAACCCAAUUUUUACUGCUUCCAAAACUUUGAUUUCUGAUGGAACUGCUUGUACAACUCCUAAAAACCAGAGUUCAAACUCAAACCAAAGUCAGUUACAAUCAAGUGGACACUGUAUGAGGCUCAAUAAUUCAGAGUCCAUUAUUCGUACUGGGAAUAAUGGCCAACUUAGGAUUCCAGGAAUACCUGUGGCAAAACAAUCUGAUUCUCUAGAAACCAUGGAAAACCGUAAGAUUCCACUUCUAACGGCUACAGCAAGUGGGAAAAAGGAAACUCCUCGAACCAAGCAGAACACUCAGGUUUGUGUGAACAUGAACAACCUCAGGACCCAGCAGGCCGCCCAGUCAAAUUUCACAUUGACCAAACUUGGAACAUAUGUGUUGUCUAAUUCUAGUUUGAACAUUAAAAGUAUGAACAUGAACAACUUUGAAAAUCACCAAUCUAGUCCGUCUAAUGUGGUUGUAAGCAGUAACAACCUUGCACAGCCUAAAUUUCCUACAGUGACUUACCCUGUUGAUAAAUUGCCAGUGGCCCAGGUUCCAAAGGAUACAGUGCUUCCUUCAUGUUCAUCAUCAAACAAUGAAAAAACUGAUGAAAAUUCCAGAACAGAUGAUGGAAACAAAAUUACCAUAUCGUUCAAUCUAAAUCUCAACCGUAAUGCUGAUAUUGUACCACCUACCAUGUCUUUUCACCCAAAUUCUGAGUUUACUGUCUCCAAACCAAAUGUUAUGUACAACAUGAACAAAAUUUACAUGAACAAUUCCAGUAUUCCGAAUAAUCAGGUUGAACAUAACAAAACAUCGUCCAUCAACGCUUCAAAUGGAGGGGGACUGGAAGAGGUAACAGAACAGAAAUUUACUGUCAGAUUUCAUCCAGUUCAUAACAUGGAACUACAACAAAUCCAGGGGUUUCAUCCACCCUCAGAAUCAGAAAAUGUUGAGGUGAAAGUGGAAGAAAGCCUUGGUCCAAUUCUUAACCUAGAUUUACAACCAGACCAGAAUUUUGAUCCACCAUCGGAACUGGAAAAUGUUGAAAUAAAGAUGGAAGAACACCCUUCAGCAGUUCCCAACUUGGAUUUACAAACAGACCAGAACUGUGAUCCACCACUGGAAUUGGAAAAUGUUCAAGUGAAGACAGAAGAAAGUCCUGACCCAGUGGUUGUCAGUGGACGUCGUACCUCAGCUCGUGUAAGAGAAAAACAAAAAGUUAAAGAAAAACCUGUAGUGGAGAGUGUAAGCACGGUAAGCAUGGCAAUCCCACAGAAAAAACAGAAAAGAAAACUGAAGAAAAGAAUGAAUAAAAGGAGAGGAGUACAUUACCAGACUAGAAACCGAAGUAACAUUAAAAAAAUGAUGGAGAUGGACUUCAAGUUUUUCAAGUGUGGAAUCUGUGACGAGGGUUUUAGGGAUUUAAUUGGUUUACAGACCCAUGUUUUACAACACAAGGGAAUCCAACGUGAAACCAUAAAGUGUGGCUAUUGUGGAAUGAAUUUCAUUUGUAAAAGUGGCGGGUUAGUUCAUCUGAGGUGUGUUCAUGGUAUUGUUUGUGAGAAACCAAAAGCUGGAAUGGAGGAGGUUAAUUUACCAACCUAUGAGAGUGAUGGAAAUUCUGUGCAAACUCUUCGAGUCAUUCGAACCAAAAUACCAAAAUGUGAAGCAUGUGAGAGAAUAUUUUCAAAUCUGGAAAUUCUAGCGCAGCACAAACAGAAAAGCAAUUGUGCAUAUGUGUGGUAUCGUUGUGUUUCUUGUGGGAAACAAGUUGGGAAAGAAACUCGUGAAGAGGUACCACUCCCAGAAGAGUUACUAUGCAAUCAAUGUCACAAGUCAGGAAACAAGCCAAAAGAGAAUGCAGCAACCGUGAUGGAGCAAGAGAAACAAGGAAGUGAAAGGGUAGUGGAUGCAGAACAUGCAGGUCUGGGAAAUAAGAAAUCCAUAACUCAUGAUUGUUUGGCUUGUGGGAGGUCCUACAAGCAAAAAUCUUCAUAUGAUAGGCACCUGAAACUGUCACAUGGGACAAUUAAAGCUUUCAAAUGUGAUUUGUGUGACAAGGCCUAUGUCUGCUCCUCUUCACUUCGGGAACACAAGCUAAGUCACACAGAAACAGAAUCAUUUGCCUGUGAUAAAUGUCCAAAAACAUUCAAAAGGAGAAAUCUUCUUAAAAAGCAUAUGCAGAGACAUGAGCCAGCAAAGUUUCCUUGUAAUAUAUGUGGGAGGAUAUUAAGAUCCAAGGGUUUGCUAAGAGAUCAUAAAAGAUUACAUACUGGAGAAAAGCCAUUUCUCUGUGAGAUUUGUGGGAAGAGGUUUACUCGGCGUAUGUCCAAAAAUUUUCACAUGCAAACUCAUGAUUCCUCGAGCAGAAGUCAAUGCGAAAUUUGUGGGAAACUUUUUACAUUUAAGCAUUCUUUACGACAUCAUCUGAUGAUGCACAAAGUACGUGGCAAUUUGAGCUUGAAAGCUAGGUCAAGCAUUGCAGACAUGCCCCAUAAAUUUAUUUGUGAAAUUUGCGGCAAAGGCUUUUAUGAGAGAUCGGUUUAUAGAGGGCACAAAUUAAUGCACCACUAUAAAACUAACCCUGAUGCUCGACCUAAAUGUGACAUUUGUAACAAAUCUUUCUCGAGUAAAUCAAAUCUUAGGGCUCAUAUUGAGAUCCAUAGGGGACUUACACAAGUAAAAUGUGACAAAUGCAACAAGGUUAUGCAUAAACAAUCUAUGAAAAAGCACAUAUGUUAAAAAUGCACAGAAUCAGUUUAAAAAUCUUUCAUGAAUAUUGAACAGUCUUAACAGUUAAUAACUUGUAAAUGUUCAUGAACAUGCAGACAGUUUACAACUUUUUCAUGAAUAUUGAACUGUCUAAGCAAUUUACAACUUUUUCUUGAAAAUUGAACAGUCUUACAUGUAACAUUUUAUUACUUUAUCCUGAACAGCUGAAUUUAACAGUAUAUAACUUUUUUCACGAACAUUGAACAGUCUAUAAUUUUUUAAAUGCAUUUAUUA